AUGGAAGUGUACGUGGACGAUAUGCUCAUCAAGAGCAAAGAAGAGUUCGCACAUCUAGACGACCUGAAGGAGACGUUUGCAACCCUCAAAACACACCAGAUGAGGUUGAAUCCAAGUAAGUGUGUUUUUGGGGUAGCUUCGGGAAAAUUCCUGGGAUUCAUGGUGUCCCAAAGAGGAAUAGAAGCAAACCCAGAGAAAGUGCGAGCCAUCAUCGACAUGACGUCACCCAGGACCAUCAAGGAAGUUCAAAAACUCACAGGAAGGAUAGCAGCUUUGAACAGGUUCGUCACCAAGGCUACAGAUAAAUGCCUGCCAUUUUUCAAGACCUUGAAGCAGGCUUUCGCCUGGACCGACGAAUGUGAAGCUGCGCUCCAGGAACUAAAGCGUUACCUGAGCAGUCCACCCCUCUUAAGCCCGUCCAAAGAAGGGGAAAACCUAUAUCUAUACUUGGCAGUGUCGGCCUCGGCAGUAAGUGCAGCCCUGAUCAGAGAAGAGGGCAUGAAGCAGCUCCUAGUUUACUACGUCAGCCAAGCCUUCCAAGGAGCUGAGUCCAGAACGGCGAUCAAGGCGCAAGCUAUAGCAAACUUCAUCGUAGAAUUCACUCUUCCAGACGAAGAAAGGAUUACCGACGAGGUAAAUAGAUGGAUAAUACAAACUGAUGCUACCAACAACGAAGCUGAAUAUGAGGGGAUACUGACGGGAUUAAGGCUUGGAAAGGCACUUAGAGCUAAGAACCUGUUAAUCCAGAAUGAUUCAAAACUAGUAAUCAGGCAGAUUAGAGGGGAGUACGAAGCAAAGGAAGAAAGAAUGCAGAAGUACCUUAGGUUGACGAAACAUUUAACUCGAGAAUUCGAUGCAGUGGAGUUCGUGCAAACCCCAAGAAGCCAGAACAUGGGGGCAAACGAAGUCUCGAAGCUAGCAUCAUUAAGAAAAGAGGAGAGUAGCACAGAUUUGACGAUGGAGAUCCAGAAACACCCCAGCAUCGAAGAGGUCUCAACGUUUACCAUCCAGAGCGCAAACAGCUGGACGACGCCCAUAAUGUCCUUCCUCCACUCCCUCAGAACAAAGAAGAAGGUGGACACUGUUGAGAUCGUCAAGAAGUGCGACAAGUGCCAACGAUACGGGAACGUGCAACGGCUUCCAGCGGAGAAACUGACGAACAUAUCCUCUUCGUGGCCAUUUGCACAGUGGGGGAUCGACAUCAUCGGCCCACUACCCCAAGGCAGGUCUAGCCAAUCUGGAGGCAUAAAAAGGCUAAGUAACAAGAUUUCGUCUUGA